AUGGUGAUGAUGAAGCAUUCUUUCUUCUCUCUCACACUUCUUCUAAUGGUUUUUGUCUCUUCCACUACAAUUCUAGCUCAGAAAUCACCUGCUCCGUCACCAUCCGCUGAUUCACCCCCGACGGACAUUAUUCGAAUCCUCAAAAAGGCGGGAGGGUACACCACGCUAAUCCGUCUUCUCAAGACGACACAAGUAUCCACCCAAAUCAACUCUCAGCUCUUAAACUCGAACGGCGGUUUAACCUUGUUUGCAGCAAACGACAACGCUUUUUCAAGCCUUAAACCUGGUUUCCUCAACUCCCUUAGCGAUGAACAAAAGAACAAGCUCAUCCAGUUCCACUUGCUACCUACAUUUGUAGCAAUAUCGAAUUUCGACACUCUUAGCAACCCGGUGAGGACACAGGCUGGUGAUGAUCCGUAUAGGUUGGCGCUGAAUGUAACAAGUUCAGGAAACCAAGUGAAUAUAACGACCGGUAUUGUUAAUGUCACGGUUGGUGGAACUGUUUACACCGAUCACCAGCUCGCGGUUUACCAAGUUGACAAGGUGCUUCUUCCUCGGGACUUCUUUGUUGCUAAGCCUCCUGCACCUGCUCCAGCGCCUGAGAAGGCUAAGACACCGUCUAAGAAGAAAUCUACUGACAGCGAUGAUGUUCCAGCAGGAGACGAUGAUUCUGGUGCUUUUACUGUGAAACAGCGGCGUCUGAUGUUGGUUCCUGUUGCAGUUGCUACAAUUAUAGUAGCAUUACUUUCAUGGUGA